UUUAAGAAGUUUUUAAAUUUUAAAUGCUUAUAAUAAUAAUAUUUUAAAUAUUAUUCAAAUUAUCUGAUUUGUCCUCAAGCCUUCGAACUGAUGACAAAGGGGUAGGCAACAGUGCUUACAUACAUUUAAUUAUAUACAUACAUAUAUAUUUAAAUAUAUACAUACACACACAUAUAUAUGUAUAUACGAGUGUAUAAUUGACAAUUUCUCUCUGUGAGAGCAGCCCAGUGAUGGAGGUGCCAACAGAUGAGCCUUUCUCUGAGGAGCAGGCUUGCUUCUACUUCAGAGACCUGGUCCUGGGAAUAGAGUACCUGCACUACCACAAGAUCGUUCACAGGGACAUCAAACCCUCUAACCUCCUGCUGGGAGACGAUGGACACCUAAAGAUUGCUGACUUUGGUGUUAGCAAUGAGUUUGAAGGCACGGACGCACUGCUGUCCAGCACAGCAGGGACCCCGGCUUUCAUGGCCCCUGAGAUGAUGACGGAACACGAGCAGAGCUUUAGUGGAAAGGCCUUAGAUGUGUGGGCCAUGGGGGUCACCUUAUACUGCUUUGUUUUGGGGAAGUGCCCCUUUUACGAUGAAUAUAUUAUUUCUCUGCACAACAAGAUACGGAACAAACCUGUGGAGUUUCCAGACAUGCCUUUAAUUAGUAAUGAGUUAAAAAAGCUGAUUCGACAAAUGCUGGAUAAAAACCCGGAGACAAGAAUCACCGUCCCUGAAGUUAAGCUUCAUUCCUGGGUGACAGAAGGGGGCUCCAACCCUCUCCCACUAGAGGAGGAUCACUGCGCUGCAGUGGAGGUCACAGAGGAGGAGGUGAAGAACAGUGUCAAACUUAUACCCAGACUCUCUGCUGUGAUCCUGGUCAAGUCAAUGCUGAGGAAGAGGUCCUUCAGUAACCCCUUUGAGUGUCUGACUGGUAGAAGGGCAGAGAGGUCCAUGUCUGCACCUGGAGGUCUUCUUCUCGGUUCUUGGGGCUCAUUGAGGUCUUCACCUCUACUUCAUCCUUCUUUACGGAAGACCAGCAAUGACGGGAGCAGGGAUGGUGAGCUGGAGGACCUGCACGAGGUGGACACAUUUACAGAGUGCUCAGACUGAACUCCCCGAAAAAGGUUUUUCUUACUCUUGCUUCAUGUGUGGCAUCAAUGUUACUGCUCUUACAUAUUCUUUAAAAAAUCACUCAGCCUUUGUAUGAGUGCCCUCUUGUGGUGACUGGUUGUUCUUUAACCCAUUCAGUAUUGCAAGUUCAAAUCCACGUCUGCUUUUUCGUGUACCACACAAACCCGCUGUGUUUAAUGAAAAAAAAAUCACUGGCUACUUAUUGAAAUACAUUAAAGCACAUAAAAAUAAUGAUUUUACUUUCACGAAUCUGCUUCAUGCACAAACAGUGUAGUGGUGUCACUUGCACAGUGUUGUUUUUUAUUGUAUUGGUGUUGUAAAUACAGAAAAAGCUAAUUAUGUCAGGGAUUACCAAGGUCUGGUGCCGAGCUGCCACUAGGGGUGCGCGAGAUUUUCCACCAAAUAAAGACGUGUAAAUAAACAUUUCCUUUGUAAAAUUUAAACUCAAAGGCCGAUAUUUUAAUAAAUAAAUUAAUGGAGGCUAAAUAUUUGUGUGUUGUAUGUUCUGGUCAUUUAAACAUGCUGCUUUAAUAAGAAAGCUUGUUGAGAUUUUUCUCGAAGGUGCAGGGAAUCGGGGCUGCGUCAGCACGGUUGGGAUAAAGAAGAGGUGCGCGGCUAUAAAGUUUGGGAACUGCUGAUUUAUGUACAUAAAAUUGCUGCAGUUCUGUUUAAACCACAUCAUACUGUAAUAGCAGUAUUUAAACACUAGAUGGCAGCGUUACGACUGGAAGGAGCGCGUGGGUCGCCAGGAACGUGAUAAUAAAGGUAUCACAUUUUUUAAUCUGGUUAUUCACGGUGAGGCUGUUAAUCUAGAUUAAUCCAGAUAAAUCAACAUUCCUAAAUAUGAGAAAACCGAGGCAGGAUAUUGUUGGAACAGAAAGACAAAUUACAGCGAGAGGAUAUGUGUUUCACAAAAUAAAAAUGAUACACCCCUCGUCUUGUCAGACAGGACUAGCAGAUUAGCUUUAUCAAAGAAAAGGGUUUUUAGUGGAACUGGGAAUAUAGAUGUGAAAUCUGAGUCACACUGGCAGCUCAGGCUUCUGUCUGAUCUACGUGAGUGACAGACAACACAACCUGAAACAAGCUUUGGACCAGUAGAGCCACAACUGACCAAAUUUGAUGUUCUUGUUGUCAUGACAACACAGCAUCACCAAACCAGCAGACCAGCUGCUAGAGCACUUCAUACUAGCUGUAAACCUGCCUGAUGAGGAGAUGAACCUCCCUGUGGACGGCCCACCUGCGGUCCACCCACCAGACUCCUCCCCACAUGCCCUGAUCCCUAGACAGAUGAAGUAACCAGCCAGUUGCCACCACUUGAGAAACGUCCACCAA